GCAUGCAGCCUCGCCAAGUUCUCGAGACUCUGCGUCAGGUUCAGCGUCACCUUUGAGCUCUGCUGCUAGCCACUCCAUGUUUUGGAACGAAGGGCCCCUCGCACCUGCGAUUGAGAGUAUGGACGACAUCUCCCCUAUUGAUGGGACUCGACGUCGAUCUCGAAGUCCAGUAGUAAUGUCCGACGAGGACACUGGCAGGCACGGAAAUGAGACGAUGGACCACUUCUGGUGGAAUCUUAGAUGGCCGGGACUCGUCAACGGCAGGCAUUGCAGCACCCGCGAGUGCGACGGGAAACACCGCGCUUGAUCCGCCUACCGGACGUGGAAGCACAUCAGCAUCUUCAAGUAGUGGAACGCCGCAUAGCUCGGGCAUCAGAAGUGGAGUGGUGCGCAGGGCGGUGCGCAGGAGCAAUCUGACGCCGAGAGAUCGAUCCAUCAUGCGAGUUGCUGCCACAUUGCAGGAUGAAUCAAGGCCUACAGACAGCGAAGUAGCAUCCGAAGCAAAACUUGCACGAAAGUUGUGCGGCGAAGACGGACCAGUAAUGCCACCCAUCUCGCGCAACAUCUUCGACCCUGCUGCUUCGCGAGCUGGACCGCCAUUCGAUGCAUUUCGCGGCAUCAACAGCAAAGGUUUUGGCUUCGGCCGGAGAAACGGAAGGGACACUUCGAUGUCGCCUAGCCGGGAUGGCGAUGCAGAGAACGCAGAUUCUGCUACGAGUGAUGACGACCUCGGUAUGUCUACCAGCUACCAAGCGCGGGGACACGAUACCGAUGAGGAGAAAGAGCUCCGAGAGGCCAACAAUUCAGCUGGAGACCUCGACGAUUCGACGGACCCGGUCAAGAGUGGCCUGGCGUCGAGCGCCCCGUCCGCGACCAAGCGCGGAUCACUUUGGAUGGGCUUUAGGGAUGUCAAAACGCGACAGUCGCCAGGCUCGGAGAGACUACGUCGAGCAAGAACGCCUGGCGCCAUGUCUACAGGCUCAGUCGACGCUGAUCAAGGGAUGCCCGGACCCCUUUCUUUGGCUGGCAUGAUGAGCGCAACGGGUGUCAGUGCUAACGGGUCGCCAGGCUUUGUAGGCAGGUCGGCCAAGAGAAAGAUGGGAGCAGAUGAGCGCUUCGAUCCCUAUACUUCAAGCGCAUAUAAGCGUCGCGCCGUCAGCCCAGCUACGUUGAUUCUUGGCAGCGGCGCGACACAUCCUCUCAUCAGUCCAAGCUUGUCUGCUACCCCGGCAAGCUCUGCUCUGGGCGCGGCGACGACCUCAGGGCUUCCUAAUCCGACGCCCCUUUCUAUUCCGUCGCCUACAAUUGGUUUUUCGGCCGGUCUUCCCGGCAACUCGGGCAAUCGCGGUGGAUCAUACUUCGCCACACAUUUUCCUUCUCGCAUGAGCAUUGGAGCUGGUGCAGCAGGCUCAUCAGCAGCAGGAAGCGGACAGCCACACAUGAGCGCGAGUCGAUCCUCUCGAUCUGGCAGUCCUGCCACACGUCCCUCGACACCGACAGGAUGUCCGCCGCCUUUCAAUGCUUACAGCGGAGGAGCAGGACCUUCGCCUGGUAUGCUUUCUAGCUCUGCUGGCAAAUCAGGCUCGGGUCCGGGUUAUGGCAGUGGUGCGCUCGGCUUGAGCAUCAGUGGCAACUCUGCUGCUCUCGGACUGGGUCUCGGUCGCGCAAGGGGCGCAUCUCUCCUCGGCAUCGAUGAUGAUGAGGAAGCUACAAUGGAUGAUGGAGUCGGUGCAAUGCGUCUCAACAAUGAAGGGGAAGCAGCGCAGCCUUCCGCUGAGAGUGAUGCUGCCGGCGACAUGAAGUGAUAUUCGAAUUGAAGACGGGAGCGACGUGGUGCAACGGUCAGGGUUGACCUGGAGCGUGGAUGGGGGCACAAAAUCUGUUUGGCGAUGUGCCUUGGCACUCAGCACUACACUCAUUGUAACAGUAAGAAACG